AUGACACAAUUUAUGUUAAGCUGCUGGCCUCACUACAAUACAUACUACAGUGUGGUCAUCGUCAACCGCCAGGACUGUUGUUCUGAACGACUCAACCCCUUCAACAUCCACAUCGGGGAUUCCGGCCAGGUCAGCAUGAACCCUAAGUGUGGUGGUGAUCAUCAAAUCGACGUGAACCGGCCGUUUAUAUCAGUGCCGUGUCAGGCGAUGAGAGGACGUAUAUUUACAGACCAACAGAACAACCACGUUACCACCCCUCUGGCAAAAGUUAAAAAUACAGUGUUGACAUACACAGGUGUCAGCUGCUCCCAGGGGUACGUCCCGUGCGGAGACGGAUUUAGAUGCAUCUUGUCAUGGCGGCGUUGUGACGGACAUCCGGACUGCUCAGACGGUAGUGACGAGCGAGAUUGUGUGUGCCUGUCUAUUCCCGAUAGUUUUCACCUCAACAGCAGACUGACAAUGUUACCGAACCAACUGGGACAGGAGACGUUUGAGGCGAUAUUAAAUUCUUCUGUCCCGGAACUGCUCAACACUUCUAACGGCAUCGGAGAGAACUACCAUCCGGAAUUAAGAGACUUCGUAACUGCAGUCAUUUUCCCACAAUGCAAUGUCCAAGAAAGCAUAACGCCUUGCCCUCUGUCUUCAGAUGAAGACAACGCCACAUUAUGCACGGGUUCACAACUGGUACCGUGCCGCUCGUGGUGUGAGGAAGUGCUCAACAUGGCUGAUGACUGGAUAAAGGACCUAUUGCCCCGAUGUGAAUUGUUUCCGCCAACAGAACACGGCUGUUGGAACCCUAUACCAGCAAAGAAGGAAGGCGAAGUUUGCUACCAUGGCAGUGGAGAAAACUACCGCGGAAAUAGGAAUAAAACAGAAUCCGGUGUUGAUUGUGAGGUGUGGUCGACUGGCAGUUACAACACCGCCGAGUACUCCUGGGCUAACCUGGACAACAAUUACUGCCGCAACCCUAAAGGUCUGGAUCGCCCUUUCUGUUUAACUCAAGACGGCAGCCAGGAGGAAUGUGACGUUAUUCCAUGCAAUAAAAACGUCUGCUGGGACAGAGGUCCUCCAACUCACGGCAAGAGAAGUCCAAAGAAGAGGUUCUAUCAAGUGGGUGAAAGAGUCACGUAUACGUGCAACGAUGGCUACAUCUUGGCGUCAGGAUACACCAGGGAAGGGAGGUGCACGGAAGACGGCAAUUGGCAAUAUAACAAGCCCAGCUGUUCAAUUGAUCAUAAACGAAGGCUACAAGAAGAGGUGCUAGAGAUCUACGGUGCAGGUUUGGCUCCUGAGAACAUUGCAAUCAUCUUCAACGGAUCUGUACAGCAGGUCAUCGACUUGGAAGAAAAGAAGGAGCAGCUAAUAGCAUCUGUUGUCAUUGAUUUCAAAUGGCAGGACAGUCGGCUGAAAUGGGACCCAAAGUACUAUGGUGACAUCAAGACGCACAACGUUCUGGGCAGCAGAAUUUGGACACCGUCAUUCACUGUGAAAAGAAAUGCCGAUCCCAUCUAUCGAGGCCUACAAAAAGACGUACCUGUUCGAGUCAGCAGUGAUGGGCUGGUAGUCUGGAGUGUAGAAACCCUGACCACCACCGUGUGUGAUGCAGACCCCUUCUUCUUCCCUGCGGACACCAUGGAAUGUCACAUCUGUUUUACGGCACCGACAGCUAUCGAGCAAACCAUUCAGUGCCAAGAGCAAGACAGCUCUGAGGAGGAUGAGUGCUGUCCUUGUGGUGGCUUUUCUGCUACAAGAAUGGAAGGCGAAUGGUACCGGAAGGACACGAUGUUUGCUAAAGACAACAGGGAAGCGUGUUUCGUUCUUCACCUGGCGAGGGCCCCCCUGUUCCACAUCGCCACUACUGUUGGACCCUGCAUCAUCCUGGUGGUACUGAUGACCAUCACAUUCAUCAUGCCUAUUGACAAGGGAGAUCGGAUCUCGUUCGCAGUUACCAUUCAACUGUCCAUGGUCGUGUCCCUCGUGUUUGUUACGGAAGUCCUUCCUGUCAAGGGUGCCCUGCCGUUUUUCGCCACACUGAUCAUCGUGUGCAUGGCGCUGAUGGCAGUCUUUCUCUUCUUCACUCUCGGCAUCAUCAUGAUCCAUGGCCGGGAGGGAAGCCUGUCUCCGUUGGCGAAGACUGUAUUUCUCCGCUACUUGUCAAAGAUGCUACUGCUGGGGGACCUCAGUGGCAAGAAGCGUGCAAAUGGUAAGGAUCAUGGCCAUACCAACCACAGUGCCAUUGAGGUAACAAACCGCGCCUUUGAAAAUGCAUUCAUGGCUUCUGUCGACGUAGAGAGACCCGAGAACGACCUCGAGAGUCCCGAGCAGCCUGGUUCAGAUGGACAGACCACCGGUCCUCCCGAUCUCCGCGAGAUGAUCGCCACUGCGGUGAAGACUGAGGUGGGAGAACAUGCCAAAGUCUUUAACAAUGACGAAGUGACCGACUACACUCUGCUGGCUCAGGUCUUGGACAGGCUGUGUCUUGUCAUGUACAUCAUCAGCAUCGCGGCAGCCGUGCCUAUGACCAUGUAUUUGAAGUGA